UUCAGAGUUAAUAUCUGAUUAUUUCUGAAGAAAAAAAACAUGAAAAAACCAUGUUCAUAAACAGAAAUUGUUUUCGAGAGUUAGAAAAGUAUUUCAAGAGUUUUUGCAAAGAAAACAAAGAAUUUUGCUCCAAGAGUUUUGGUAAAAACAAGAAACAGUUUUGUUCCAAGAGUUUUGGCAAAGAAAACAAAGAGUUUUGCUCCAAACGUUUUGACGAAGAAACAGAAAAUUUCAAAUAUUUCAAGUUUUCCCUUUUCCUUAUAUUUUAUCCCAGCUUCUACAGCUACUUCUACUUCUGGCUUGCUUGAACUCUUCAAGCUUGGAUAUCUACUGCUUAUAGCGUAAGGAUAUCUCCUUCAGAUAUCUUGGAUAUCUACGGCAUCUAGCGUAUGGAUAUCUCCUGAAGCGAGCUAAAAAUUGCCUUUCAACUAUAGUCUGGAUAUCUCCUUUUAUCAGCUUGGAUAUUCUUUUGAGUACUCUUCUCUUCUGGAUAUCAGUUUUUUUGUCUGAAGAUCUUUCUGGGCAACUGGUUCCAAAAUGAAGAAAGAGGGACUAAAAAAAUUACUGUCGAAGAACAAGGCGGAUUUGCUUAUGAGCAAUAUAUCUAAAUCCUACAGGGUGAGUGGAGAGAAGGUGGCUACUAUGAAUACUGUGAUGCACAACUACCCAACAGCCUUGAGGUUGAAGACUGUGUUGACGGUGAGAUCGAGGCUGCUGUCCUCCCUUCCACCCAAGAAUAUGCUGCAGAGGAGAUGGUGCACAACAACAACUGGCAGACGUUACUCUGCAAACACCCUUGGAUUAGCUUUGAGCCAAACUAACUCCAACAACUCCUUCUCCCAGGCCCUGCUCAACAUGAACAACUCUGUUGACCACGGUAUGCGUCACUCCCCGUUCUUGACCAGGGAUGAGCUGGUUAACGCUAAACGUGUUGUGAUUAAGCUUGGAUCAGCUGUUGUAACACGUGCUGAUGGACAGGGACUGGCCUUGGGCAGGCUGGCAGCAAUCAUAGAACAGGUUUCAGAGAUACAAAACUCAGGCGCUGAGUGUAUACUGGUUACUAGUGGCGCUGUUGCUUUUGGUAAGCAGCGUCUUUCUCAAGAGCUCUUGAUGUCAAUGUCCAUGAGAGAGACAUUGUCAAGUGUGGAUCGGUCCUCAGAGUUGAAAAAUAUUGCCCAGCAUGAGUUAAAGCGACCUAAUGCAGCAGUCGGUCAGAGUGGUCUCAUGGCCCUAUAUGAGGCUAUGUUCCGUAACUAUGGUAUUCUGGUUGGCCAAGUUCUAGUGACGAAACAGGACUUCAGGAAUGAGAAUACCCGUGAGCAGCUCUUCAACACCAUCAGGGAGCUGAUGGCUCUCAACAUCAUACCCGUGAUCAAUACCAACGACGCUGUAUCUCCUCCUCCUCAAGAUGGAGAUCUUGGAGAUGGAACUCUAAACAUCACUGAUAACGAUAGCCUGGCCUGUACUAUUGCAGUGGAUGCUGGAGCUGACCUGGCAAUCCUUAUGUCCGACGUUGAAGGUAUUUACAACAAACCUCCGAAGGAGGAAGGAGCCCAGCUCCUGCCCUAUUUCAACCCCAAAAUUGUAAAUCAGAUCCAGUACGGGGAGAAAUCUAACUACGGAACUGGUGGCAUGGAGUCCAAGGUUAAAGCUGCUUGCUAUGCUCUGGAACAUGGAUGCAGUGUUGUUAUCUGCAGCGGAAUGAAGUAUAACACCAUAAGGAACAUCAUGUCAGCAGAGAAUGUUGGAACUAUGUUCACACCUCUUGAAAUUGAAGGAACUACAGUUGAAAUUCAGGCACAAAAUGCCAGAAAAGGAAGCCGCAGGCUAAGUUCUCUAGCUCCAGAGGAGAGAGCCGAGGCUAUCAGGCAUCUCUCCAACUCCUUGUUAACCCAUCAGGCGGAGAUCAUGGAGGCAAACAACCAGGAUUUGGCCAAUGCUAGAGCUCAUGGUGUGACUGGACCCAUGUUCGAUCGUCUAGCGCUGUCCAGCAGUAAGCUUGAAUCCCUGUGUGUAGGAUUGAAUCAAAUUGCUGAUUCAAGCUAUGACAAUGUUGGCAGGGUUUUGAAAAGAACAAAGAUCUCCGAGACUCUUGAGGUUGUUCAGGAAACUGUUCCUAUUGGAGUCCUUAUGGUCAUCUUUGAAUCCCGCCCUGAUGCCCUUCCUCAGAUCGCAGCUCUGGCUAUCGCUAGUGCUAACGGUCUGCUGUUGAAGGGAGGGAAGGAAGCUACCAACAGUAACCGUGUACUCAUCAGGCUUGUUAAUGAAGCCCUGGGUAGAUAUGGCUGUGCUGAUGCCAUAACUCUGGUAUCUGGCAGAAAUGAGGUGUCUGAGCUUCUCAAGCUAGACGGCUACAUCGACCUCAUCAUCCCCCGGGGCUCCAACGAGCUGGUCAGAUCGAUCAAGGAGAGAUCUAAAUCUAUUCCUGUUCUUGGACAUGCUGAUGGUAUCUGCCAUGUGUACCUGGAUUCAGACUGUGAUGUGGAGAAGGCAAUCAAGAUUGUUGUUGAUGCUAAGACGGAUUAUCCUGCAGCCUGUAACGCCAUGGAGACUCUUCUGAUUCAUGAAUCUCUUCUUGAGAAUGAAGUUUUUUACAAGGUUUGCCAGGCGUUGAAGCAGGAAAAUGUUAAGAUCUACUCUGGCCCCAGGCUUUCUGAAACAUUGACCUUUGGACCACCAAAGGCGAGUAAAUUAAGUAUUGAAUACGGAGAUUUGGCCUGCACUAUCGAGAUAGUUUCCACCUUGGAUGAUGCUAUUGAUCAUAUUCAUAAAUAUGGAUCUUCUCAUACUGACGUCAUCGUGACAGAGAAUCAGGACACUGCAGAUAGAUUUCUCAACAAUGUGGACUCAGCCUGUGUAUUCCACAACGUUAGUUCAAGGUUUGCUGACGGAUUCAGGUUAGGGUUAGGAGCUGAAGUUGGAAUCUCCACGGGUAGAAUACAUGCUAGGGGCCCAGUAGGGGUAGAGGGGCUUCUCACCACCAAGUGGGUUCUCAGGGGCACCGAUGAUACCGCCGAGGAAUAUUCUAAGGGGCGCAAAGAGUUUAUCCACAAGUCUCUUCCUCUAAAUUAAGUCUAUAAAAUCUAAAUCUCUAUUUGUAAUUCCAGGUUUUACAUCUGUAGAAUUGAAUAUUUAUGUAAAAUGUUCCGAUAUAAGGUAUUUUUGUGAAAAUACAAUUUGAUAAAUAAAUAAAUGUCAAACAUUGACAAGAUUUUUA